AUGAGACCUCCCAUCUUUUUUUCUAUGUGGCUGUUAGAAGGACAGUAAUUAUUCUUGAGAGCAGUUCCACAGUCACACAUUUGGAUGUACUCGUUGGCUGCAAAAGAAUUCAAAGGAAAGGAAGGAAAAGUCCGACCUAGAUUAGAAAAUACUUCCAUAUUUGUACAAUACGAUUGGAAGGACAAGGCUCCUUCGCGCUUCACAGCUGAAGGACCAAACCUAUGCUGCCAGCUACUACUGCCAACUGCCACAUCAGCAAAGACUAAACCUGGCCAGAGGAGCUUCUAAGCAAGAAAUCACAUUUUCUAGGGCUUGCAAGAGUCAGUAUGUUGGAUCAGAUUCAUCUACUCGCUGCCGUGACAGUCCUGGGAGUCCUGGAGCAAGCCUACUUCUUCCUCCAGGUGAUCUAUGCUAGGAGGUUGUUUGGCAUUUCACCUCCAAAGACCUCAGGCCCACCUGAAUUUGAGAGGGUCUUUCGAGCACAGGUGAACUCCUCUGAGUAUUUUCCCAUUUUCCUGGCAGUUCUGUGGCAAGCUGGACUCUUCUUCCAUCAAGGUCUGGCUGCAGCCUUGGGGCUGCUCUAUCUCUACUCCCGCUACUGCUACUUUACGGGAUACAGGACAUCAUCUUCAGAAAGGCUCGCCCCCAUAUACUUUUCCACUGGAGUUCUCUGGAUUCUCGUUGCAGCAUCAGCCCUGGGCAUCCUGCACUCCUUGCUCUCCCACUACAUGGGGCUGAACGUCCUCCAGCUUCUCACAGCGUGACCCAGUCCUCUGUCCCUCAUCAGUGUCCUCACCUUGGGCUCCUGCUCCCUCCUGCCCUCUGGAACAGACCUGCUGCAACUCACACAGCCCCCAGCAACAAAUCCACCCUCACCUGAGCUAUUAUCACCUCCCUUCUCGCUGCCCAGCACCAGCAGAACUACUGAGCUCUUCAGGAGGUAUUUUUCCCCCAGGGCACUUUGUGUGCCAAGUGCUCCACAUCUGGCAGCUCCAUCAUUCGAAACAGCAACGGUCCAAAACAAGGAGAGUUUUAGGAAAGCUGGACACAUAAAAGCAAACUCUUCUCACUCUGAGCUUCCCAGUGAGCUGCCCAAGGGAACUGCCAUGUGUCCCCUGUUCUCCAGUGGCUCUGCCUUCAGCCAGGGAAUCAAACACAGGUUCAUGCCAGUUUUCUUAAGGUCCACACCUAUUAAAGGCAUUUGUUUGGAAUCUAAUGUGGGCUGAGGCAUAACAAAAGAGGUGAGGGGCAAACAGAAGCAGCCACAUGUUAUGCAAAGGUCUGUUAGUGCCCUCAUGCUGCUCAUCAGCCAUUGCCCAUCUGACUGCACAAACUCAUCGCUGCUGUCUGUGCAACUCCCAAUACUGGUCAGCAACAAGGUGCACAAUUAAAAAGUCACUGAACUUGCUGUUCUAGGUGGCUCUUUGUGAGUCUGCAGCUAGCAGAGAACAGCAACAUGAGUGUUUGAAUGCAAGCUGGCUGCCUUGGUUUCCCUGAUGUGCAGUCCAACGCAGCCUGCAACCCUGUGUGCCACAGGAGGAGAGCUCAGAGCAGGGAGAAGGUGAUUUUUGGAGAUGCUGAGCUCACGGAUUGGGUGCUGAGCUGCUCAGCACCAAGAAGUGGGCAGUUUGCACAGUGCUCAAGUCCCACCUGCGUCAGGAAGGGCUGGAUUUUCACAGGAGUCUACCAUUCACAACGCUGAUGCUUUUGGCCACUGGUGCAUUUGGUGCCCUGCUGUUAGUGACACAGCUCAGGAAACACCAGGAAUGCUCCCUGUGUCGUCACAGGGGGAAUUCACACCAAGCCCAGAGAGCAAAAAUAACUGCACGAGCAUGCUGCCAGUCCAACCACACUGGAAAGCCUGCUGGUCACCCCUCCCUUCACCAACAGCAGGCAUAUCUAAACUGUAAGAACAAAGGGCUUUUUGGAGGAAGUGAUUAAUUCUUCACAUUUUUUCCUUUCCUUCCCUGCAUUUUAAAUUGGCUUACCCAGCAAAACCCCCAGUCUAUUUUGCUUUUGGGCUCUCCCGCCUUGGAUGCCGCUGCAUCGAGGCUGGCAAAAACUGCAGGGGAAGGCUUAAAGCCAGACGAAAAUAACUGUACAGCACUUGCCUCUACAAAGUUUUUGGUGCAGCACGGUCCCAUCAUCACAGGAACUCCCCGGGUGUCACAGUGAGAUAAGCAACAACUUUUUCCCUGGCACCUUUGGUGCCACACUUCCAAAAAGGCUGAGCAUAGUUUAACCCUGGCUGUGCCUUAGCAAGGUCUGGGCCUCGCAAGGGAGGGACAGACAUACCACCUGUCCCCAGGGAGAUUUCACUUAGCCUUUACAUUAACAGGUCCCACCAUCUCCUGAAGCUGAUCUCCAGUC